AUGAAAAACCGCGCUCUCAUCCAGUGGUUCUCGCUAGUGCCAGGCCACCGGAUCACAUGGGGGCAUGUCACAUCCGUGGCAAUUGCCGUGGGUGUGGCUCGGAGAGAAGCCGACUGGCUGCGGAAUUCGAUGCUGGCAACUGCUUGGCUGCUGAGUGAGUACGGGGGUGGUGCACUGGACAGGUGGGUGCCGAGAGCUGAGCGUGGCGAUGGGAUUCGUCAGAUCGAAAAGUUUCUGUUUGUUGGCCAGGCUUCCUCGCAGCACUGUUGCCAUGAUGAUUCCAACCGCGGCAAGCUCGAGGUCCCGAUUCAGGCUGAGAUGCGACGCACCGUGGAUUGUCAGCCCUGA